AUGAAACGAUUUUCGCUGAUACUGCUACUGCUUUGGUCUAUUACUGCUGCUGUAGCCGGCCCACUGGGGAAAUAUGGUCCCUAUGAUGAAACUACCGACUCUUUGAACCAUACCCUCUGGCCCGGAGUUCGAAUAGGAGGCGAUGGCAGCAGUUCCCAAUCGCUGAAGAUAUCAGAUCUCUUUCUAGAAGCAGACAGCAACUUUAAAGGAGGUUGUGCUUCCAAAUUGUCCGUACUCGACACAUGGUUAAAAGAGGCCAUACAGCUCCACAAUGCCUUAAUAAAGGCAUACAGCGAAUACAAAACAAAUCGGGAGUCCUUGAUAAUUUGGGUAGAGUUCUUUGGUAUCCGAGCUAACAGAGAUAUGUCCAUCUACGAAGAUGACGAGCCACUCUGGAAAACCAUUGGAGACCACAUCUCACGCGUCUCCGAAUUUCUUGCGGGGGCGGGUCUACGGAAUCCUGUGAAGCCAGGAGAGAAGCCUCGCAUCUUUUGCUCGGAAGAUGCGGGUGAAUAUGCCCCAUGGGAUCAACCCAUCAAGGACGAGAAUGGAAAAGAAAUACCUUAUGCAAAAGAUGAGAACACCGGAGAGGUAACUAAAUAUUGGACAGUUGGCGAAGUUUUCGUGAUACAAAAGAAUAAGUACGCUGAUGCGGCAGCCUACUGGAUGAGAUCAUAUAACGGUUACGCCUUCGUUAGGGGUGCGCUCUGCACGAAGACUGAAAAUAAAAUGGAUUACGCCAAAACCUCCGCCAUCCCCCCUAUACCUUAUACCGAAGGCGAAGAGCUAUACUUUGGCAAAGCCAAUAGGUAUAUCUUGUUUUGCCCGCUUGCCUUUGAUGCACCGUCAGGCAAACCGCAUUCCUUGUCAUCUCUUGCGGAUGCCGCAUCGUCCGCCAACUACCCCUCAGGCGCAGGAACUCCCAAGUUGGAUGGAAUAUUGCCUCGUAGCGCUACACUCUAUCAUGAGCUGUAUCAUCUGACGGAUAAUGGGGAUACGUCAGAUCCUUAUUAUAUGUUAGAUUCCCUCUUACGGGCCGCACAAGCCAGAUUAGUGCCGAGCCCCAGCAGCGAAACUGAAAAAAUCGCGAAAAACCCCGAGACCUAUGCCUUUGCUGCGAUGGCCGCGUACAUGAACCAAAAUCCACCCGAAGGCCACGAUCGCAUCAUUUAUAUUGGCGGCCUCCCAUUCAAACCUGAAGCAAUCUUUAAAUCCUAG